AUGCAGUACACCGCCCUUCUCCUCGCAGCCUUGACGGCUCUUUCGACUGGCGUGUCCGGUCUUGCUCUACCGGCUCUUUUCUCUAGAGAAAAGUGUAUCGAAGACCUCCCACAAUACCAACAAGCCAAAGCGAACCAAUCCACCAUCUUCGGCCUCCAACUCGCCGGCUCCGCCAAAGACCAAGACGAACUCGACACGACGUGCUCUGAUCUAAACGAUGGAGCCUACUCGAAAUGGAAACAGGAAGGCCUCGUCCUGAACGCCAUAACACAACCAAUCUGCAACCCCCCACACCCCCCAAACGCAACCCUCACCCUCCCCAACCUCGCCACAGCGAACACCCACCUCCUCACAGCCCUCCUCCUCACCGCCUUCCCCUCGCAAACCACAAAAUCCUACCUCUGCACCACCCUCCGCUACCCCCUCCUCGACAGCCUCCUCCUCAACUCCGACACCAUCAUCGCCACGCUGUGCAACGCCACAACCACCCCGCAGGCCCCGCAGCCCUUCACUUCUCCGGCGCAGGAGGGAGAGGAGGAGAACAGCACGGCGGUAGCAGAUCUGCACACCGCCGCCGCGAACCUCUUCGCGUACACCUACGCCUCAGGCCUCACGACGCCAUCCGCCCUCUCCGCGGCAUGCGCCUCCGCUUCGGCGCGGAAGUCAGCGUGGGGAAAACUCAUGCUAAACGGUACAGCCGUAGAAGAAGUUCUCUGCAGCAUAAAAUCUCCUUUGAAAGUCGACGUUGCGAAGGCGAGGAUCACGGAGUGGAGCUCGCGGUGGUUUGGGACGGUUUUGGGGGGCGUGAGUGAUGCGGAGGGGUUUAAGGGGGAGGUUUGUCGGGGGUUGAGUUGUGGGGCGAUGGGGGAGGUGGGGUUCGAUGGGGAGGUUGUUAGGGGGGUUUUUGGGUGUUGA